GAUAAAAAAAAACAGUCAUUUUUGUAUCACGAGUUACAAGCAGGCACAGCUCCCUUACAAGACCCUUUUUGUGCAGCGCACCUUUUUCAAAGCCUCUUUAGCAUACAUCUUACUAGUAGGUUCACCAAUAAUAUCAAG